AUGGCCAAUCCUACUUUCAACUCCACGUUCUCGGGUUCGAGUAACCAAGGAUUGCAAGUUGGGCAUAGCUCGGGCCAGAUUGAGGCCCACUUCCACCAGGCUCAACGACCAGAGACCCCACCGAGCCCUUCCUGCGUCGUCCCCUUUCGCCGCGACCCGGACUUUGUCGAUUGUGGAACACUGCUCGAUCAGAUACGCGAAGGGUGCUCCGCGCCGGCAUCUCGCAUAGCGCUGGUGGGCCUGGGCGGUGUGGGGAAGUCGCAGCUUGCCAUUGAGCACUGCUAUCGAGCCGCGGAUCAAUCGCCGGAGACGUGGGUGUUCUGGGUGCACGCCAGCAACGCGGCCCGCAUCGAACAAGGCUACCGAGACAUCGCGGACCAAGUCAAGCUGGCUGGCCGCAAAGACCCACAAGCGGAUGUGUUUAAGCUAGUCCACAACUGGCUCCGCAACGAGAAGAACGGAAGGUGGCUGCUAGUCCUCGACAAUGCCGACGAUGCCGCUGCUCUCUCUCUACCAGCAAGCAAUGGCCAGAAGACACAAGCAAGCGACGGAGAUGGCGCUCCCCCGCGUUACUUCUCAUCGUACCUGCCCCAGAGCAAGAACGGCUCGGUUCUAGUCACUAGUCGGACAAGGAGCGUGGCAUUGCAGCUGGUGGAGGAAAGAGAUAUCAUACCCAUCGAGCCCAUGGACGACGCCGGCGCGCAAGCUCUUCUACAGAAGAAGCUAGGAGAGAAAGUCGACAAAGACGGCAUUGCAGAGCUAGCGGACGCCCUUGAAUUCAUGCCACUCGCUCUUGUACAGGCGGCGGCGUACAUCCGACAACGGGCACCAAGGUGUUCAGUGCGGCAGUACCUGGAGCAGUUCCACAAGAGCGACAGGAAAAAGACGAGCCUGUUAGACUAUGAUGGAGGCCGUCUUCGGAGAGACGACGAAGCCAAGAACUCUAUUCUUAUAACAUGGCAAAUCUCGUUUAAUUAUAUACUUAAGGCAAGGCGGUCGGCGGCAAACCUGUUGUCAUUAAUGAGCUUCUUUGACCGGCAGGGGAUUCCGGAAACGCUUAUUCGAAAUCGAAGUGGGACAGAGAACAGACAUGGGGACGUAGACGCUAUCAAUGCAGACGGUGAAAAGAGUAACAGUGACAGCGACGAUAGCGAGUCGGAAACCAGCGUUGACGACGGAUUUGAAGAGGAUAUUUUUACGCUAAGGAACUACUCGUUUAUUGCGCUUACCACCGAUGCCACGUUCAACAUGCACAGACUUGUGCAGCUGGCCACGCGGAAGUGGCUAGAAGGGCAGGGCCAACUAGAAAUGUGGAAGCAGCAGUACAUCGACAAUCUUUGUACAGCAUUUCCGACAGGGGAACACGAAAACUGGGCCCAAUGUCAGGCGCUCUUUCCGCAUGCUAAGUCGGCGCUAUCGCAGCCGCCCAAGUCCGAGGAAUCCCUUAAACAGUGGGCUCUGUUGUUGUAUAACGCGGCCUGGUAUGCGUGGCAAAAAGGAAGUCUAAGUGAUGCUGAGAAACUGUCGAUGAGGUCAAUGAAGGCUCGGAUAAAAGUGCUCGGUAAAGAGCAUAAGGACACAUUAAGCAGUAUGGCGAUGGUAGGGCUAGCAGCAGACCUUGCUGGACAGUGGAAGGAGGCCGAAGAGCUGUUUGUGCAAGUGAUUGAGACGAGCUCGAGGGUGCUUGGGACGAGCAUCCAGACACGCUGACCAGCAUGAACAAUCUCGCAUUUACGUUAAAGGCCCACGGUCGCAACGACGAGGCUGUUUUCUUAAUGGAAAAAUGUUUCCAACUACGAAAACACGUCCUAGGCCCUCGGCAUUUAUACACAACAUCAUCACUAGACGCUCUAAAUGGUUGGCGGUUGGAAAACGUGGAGAUAAGCGUUUGAAAGGGUUCUAUCUGUUGUAGGCUUGGAAGUAUAAUAGGUGUUGCCUGGAAGAG